CCACCAAUAAGUUGUCUGUAAUACCACUUAAACAAGUGAACACGUGUUUCUAGUGAAUUUUUUUUAGAAAAAAAAUUUUUUUUUUUUUUUUAAUUAAACGAGAAUAUUAAUAAGAAAUUUAAUUUAAUUCACAAAAAAAAAAAUGAGAAUACUAUUUCUUAUUAGUACAUUUGCUGUACUGAUUACACUAUGCAGAAGUAUAAUACAGACAGAGACGCUAUUAGAAACAUCAAAAUUAGCAUCGCCUAAUGUCGAAGUGAAAAAAUCUCUUAAUUCCCAAGACUUAGAUGCCGCUGCUAGCGACAGAAAUCCUCUGAUUCCAGCAUUCCUCAUCAGUAGGGAUUAUGGGGGAUAUGGAGGUUAUGCAAGUGGAACACCUUAUGGUUAUAGUACAACAUAUAGAGGUGGAUAUCGAGGCAACUAUCCUGGAAUAAUUGGGGGUGGUAACCUCGGUUAUGGAUAUUAUGGAAAUGGUUACGGGAGUGGUUACUAUGGGACGAGUUAUCCAGGAAAAUAUGGUGGAUAUGGUACGGGUUAUAGUGGGUAUGGUACAGGUUAUGGUGGAUAUGGUACAAAUUAUGGUGGUUAUGGUACAAAUUACGGUGGUUAUGGUACCAAUUACGGUGGCUAUGGUACGGGUUACGGUGGAUAUGGAAAUUAUGGAGGCUAUGGUUCAGGAUAUGGAAUUGGGGACUAUGGAAAUUAUGGAAGUAAUGCAUAUGGAUAUGGGAAUUAUGGUGGUUAUGGUAGUAAUUACGGUGGAUAUGGAACAUAUGGAAAUCAAGCAGGAUAUUAUACACCAUCUGGCUAUAGAGGAUAUUCAAAAUAAAUGUACCCUAUUUUUAUGUUCGUGUACAUAAAAUUCUAUUUUAUUAUUUCACAAAAAAAAUAUAUAUAUAUAUUUUUUAAUAAACUUACAAAAUAAAAUAAUUUUAUAUUUUUACUUGUAACUAAUAAAAAUGCUUUCUCAUCAAUUGUGAAAUAUUUGUUUUCACAUACUAAAAAUUCAUAAACUUGAUUUUAUAAAUAGAAAAUUUUUCUUGUUUUAAAAGAUUAUUUUUCAAAAUUCAAUUUUUAUGAUAAAGUUUAUGAAAAUAAAAUAAAUGAGAAGGAUUUUUUAUUAAAAAGCACUGUGUGCAAUCGCGACUGUUAAGAACAUUGGUUUUGUGGCUUAUACGCUAAUUAAAGUUCCUACAGAGUUAACAGGUUCGCAUGUAUAACGGAAAAUAAAUUGUUUUACACAUUA